AUGCCCACAACUCGACGAUCCGCUGCCAAUGCUCGCAGUCGGGGCCCGACUGCCAAGGGGCAGUCCACACUGAGUUUCUCGAACAAAGUGACAAAGCCGGUGCCAAAGAAUACCAAGAAGUCUACCAUCUCGGCCUCGAUCACAAAGAUCGAUCCCAGUCAGCAUGCAAAGAAGCAGGAGCCAGAGGAAAUUGCUGUCGACGAAUCCGAGGCUACGGAGCUCGAGCUGGUAGAGGUUGUCGAGAGAGAAGUUGAAACCGAGACAGCUCCAGAGCCUGAGAAAUCCGAGUUGGAGUUGCAGGCGGAGAAGAUCACAGAUGCGCAGAUCAAGAAGUACUGGAAGUCCAUUGAAAACCAGUGGACUACUCCACGAUUACAUCAAGAGGGUGUAUCUCAAAGUGAGAGAGUUCUCCGAUACUUCGAUGUCAGUUCACAAUAUGGUCCCUGUAUCGGCAUGCCUCGCAUGAAGCGUUGGCAGCGGGCGGACCGCCUGGGUCUACAACCCCCUAUCGAGGUCCUUGCUGUUCUUCUUAAGGAACAAAGCAAGGGUAACAGCAUCGAAAGGGCGCAUAUGGAUGAGAUUCUCAACUCAACUUCCGUAGGGGCUUAA